CUUCGUUAUCGUGAGUGCACGUAAUGCACUUCGUUAAAAUCGAAUUGGAUCCGAAACUCACUUCCUUGGUUAAUCUAUAAAUGUUUAAUAUUGAUUUGAGCAACAAAUAAUAUAAACUUAUAACAAUUACAACUCUUUCAAGGAGUGCAAGUACUACUGAUUUAUAUGCGUGUUAAUAAUUGUGUGCUUACAUAAUCAUUUUCAAUAUAAUAAUGGCAUUACCCGAUGGACUUGCAAGUAGCAUGAAGAAAUUUCAAGCACAUAAUGAUCUACCGGUCUUUUUAAAAGGAGGUCCAGCAGAUAAGGUAUUAUUUGGUUUGACUGUAGGGCUCUGCGGCUUAGGUAUUAUUGGUAUGUUGCAAAUGGUGUAUACACUGGGAUUUAAAAAGAAAUCGGCUUAAAAUAAUUGCAACACUUUCAAUUAAAUGAAAGAUGUGAAAAAUAUUAACAUAAUAAAUAUGAAGAACUGAUAUCAAAUCAUUAAA